UAUUAUUUAACUGGAGUACAAAGCAAAGAAUAGUUAUUUUUAAGUUUAAUUUUAAAAAAUCUCCAGAACAAGGUAAAUGGUAUUCUGAGCAAUGGUAAUCAGUGCGAAAUAAAUCUUCGAAUCGGGUUGGAAAAGUUCGAAUUGGGUGCGCAAUACAUAAACACAAACACGUUUUGAGGAAACUUAUCAUGAAAAUUGCCGUGGAAGGCUGUGCCCAUGGUGAAUUGGAUAAUAUAUACACCGCUUUAGAGAAUAUACAACGUAGGGAUCACAUCAAGAUCGAUUUAUUGAUAUGUUGCGGGGAUUUUCAAGCCGUACGAAACGAAGAAGAUUUGGAGUGCAUGGCGGUGCCGCAAAAAUACCGUAAAAUGUGCAGUUUUUACAAGUAUUACAAUGGGGAGCGCAAGGCACCGGUUUUGACGAUUUUUAUUGGCGGUAACCACGAAGCGUCGAACCACUUGUGGGAACUGCCGUUUGGUGGUUGGGUCGCACCAAAUAUCUACUACCUUGGUUACUCUGGAGUUGUCAACUUUGGUGGCAUGAGGAUUGUGGGAUUGUCUGGAAUUUAUAAGUACCAUGACUAUCAUAAGGGACAUCAUGAGCGACCACCCUUCACCCAAGACACGGUCAGGAGUAUAUAUCAUGUACGAAGUUUGGAUGUGUUCAAGCUGAAGUUACUAUCCAAGCCAGUGAAUAUUGGACUAUCACAUGAUUGGCCGAAAGGUGUUUAUCACUAUGGCAACCUUAAUGAGCUUUAUCGAUGGAAGAGAUAUUUGCAAAAGGAGAUCGAAGAUGACACUUUGGGUAGUAAUGCAGCACAAGAGGUAUUGCGGACUUUACAACCAGAUUUUUGGUUCUCGGCUCAUCUGCAUUGUCGGUUUCCUGCGCAAAUUUACCAUAGCCAGACCGGUAAAAUGACUUAUUUUUUAGCAUUGGACAAGUGUUUACCUAGACGUAGGUACUUAGAGGUCAUUGAUGUUGGUCCAGCUAAGGGAGCAUUAGAAUUGAGUUAUGAUGCAGAAUGGCUUGCGAUUACUAAAUCGACUAUGCCACUUUUGAAUACCAAACCCUUUGGUACAAAUUUACCAAAUGAUGAAUCAGUAAUCUCAUCUUUAAGACCAAACAAAGAAACCAUUCAACAUGUGAUGGAUUUGUUCAACAACGACCUUAAAAUACCCGAAAAUUUUUGCCAAACUGUGCCAUUGUAUAAUCCAGUUCACCAUAAGAAAUAUGUGCAUGUGAUGAUGACUAAAAAUCUGCAAACAGAAGAAUUUUGUAGAAAAUUGAAAAUCGUUAAUCCUUUUUGGAUCACCGAUGUGCCCAAUGAUAAUGUUUUGGAGAACCCAGAUGAGAUUAACCUCAGCGAGGAUGAUGGGGAUGAGGAAGAAAUAGAUCGGGAGGCUGUGAAGUGUAGCAAGUCUUCUUGUGUAUCAUCAGAAGUUGAAAAAGCAAUAAAGACUCAGAGAAAGAAAUUUUGAAAAGGUAAAAGAACCAAUAAAAAUCUUAAACUUCCUCCUCUAAUGUUUGAGGAAAGCAAUCAAAAGACAAGAAGAGUUCACUUUCCUGUUUAAACAGAAAUGAAGAUGCUUUUGCCAAUUUCAAGAUGACAAAGCUGAAGAUUGUGAUGUUUCUCUGACACUGACAAAAUCAUCAAUUGACAGUCAGGUUUUCUCUGAACAAGCUUCAUUUCUAGUUGCAAUGAAGGUGACAACUUUAACUCAGAACCACCUGCUAAAGUCUUCAAGCUGGUGCGAAGAAAUCAAAGUGUUUAUUCUAAAAAUGAUGAUUUGGACUGAUAGUUGUAAUCAGGUAGUUUAUUUUUAUCGGUCAAGAUUUUUAAAUAAACAUUGCAUGAUUUGAGAUUAAUUUUGUACGAUACUAUUUAUCAAAAGCGAAAUAUUUUUAAAAUUAUGGCUUUCAUUUUUA